GGGCCGGCGGGGGCCAGCCUGCGGCGCAAGGGGCUGCACAGCUGCCACAUCCCGGGCUGCGGCAAGGUGUACGGCAAGACCUCGCACCUGAAGGCGCACCUGCGCUGGCACACGGGCGAGCGGCCCUUCGUCUGCAACUGGCUCUUCUGCGGGAAGCGCUUCACCCGCUCCGACGAGCUGCAGCGGCACCUGCGGACUCACACGGGCGAGAAGCGCUUCGCCUGCCCCGUCUGCAACAAGCGCUUCAUGCGCAGCGACCACCUGAGCAAACACAUCAAAACGCACAACGGGGGCGGCGGGGGCAAAAAGGGCAGCGACAGCGAC